CGAGACCGAGACCGAGAAGCUUCGCACCAGAAUUCAAGCUUGCGACUCAGUAGCCUAUUGGAUGCAUGCGCUUCAAAGCUGCUUAUUAUUGUCCGUUUCGCAUAUCUGAUUUCGAGCGCAUGCAGUAAUUCAUUAGACAUUCGUCCGUACGCCUGUAUUUAAUUCGAGAUGGCAUGCCAUUGUCGAGUUCAUUGCAACCUUGCUGUUCAAGUCCUAUCUUUCGUAUACCAUCUUGAAAGUAAAGAAGAUGUCUUAUGAUACUAAAGACAAAGUCGCCGCACUUGCAGUGGAGAAUCCAGAAUUGUCAGCUUACAAGCAGAAACAUAACAUCGAUGGGCUAGAGAACCUCAACAAAUUUCUCUCUAAAUUGCCACCUCCUGAUCCCACGCUUGACCAGGGAGAAGUCGUUGAUAUCCCUCUCCGAGACGGCACACCCUCGCAGAUUCGCAUCUUUCGCCCUAAAGUCGCAUCACAACAGCCUAGACCUCUAAUUGUGCUGAUAUAUGGCGGAGGGUUCAUCCUAGGUGACAACACUCAGCUGAGCUCAGUAUCUCGUGUCCUUGCAAACCUCUACUCUGCUGUAGCGGUCAAUAUUUCUUAUCGCCUAGCACCAACCCAUAAAUUUCCCACAGCUGCCCGAGAUGCUUACGAUAGCGUUCGAUGGCUCUCCCAAAAUGCCAGCACGCUCGGCGCCGACCUCUCCAAAGGCUUCGUUCUACUAGGCGCUUCUGCAGGUGCCAAUCUUGCAGCGGUCGUUGCUCAGAAGUGGUUUUCCAGUAAAUCAUCACCACCCAUUACUGGCCUUUCUCUCGCUAUACCAUGGCUGCUGUCCGGGGAGAUCGUGCCACAGGCCUACAAGCACCUCUGGUUCUCUAGGAAUCAGAACGAGAACGCUAUGAUUCUGAACAAGGGUACGAUAGAUUACAUGCUGGCUGCGUACGAGCCUGAUGUGCAUUCCGCGGACUUUUCGCCUUUUAAUCACCCUGCACCUCAUAGCGGUAUGCCACCAGUUUACAUCCAGGUGUGCGGUGCGGACCCGUUGAGGGACGACGGACUUAUCUACGAACAAGUACUACGAUAUUUUGGAGUGAAGACGAAGCUAGAUGUUUACCCCGGUGUUCCACAUGGUUUUAGCGUUUUUCGGGAGAUGGAGUUGGCGAAGAAGUCCUUCUCAGACCAGAUCUUGGCGAUUGGAUGGCUUCUGGGUGUGGAGAAGACUAGGGAAGACGUGGAGCGGUUGAAUUAGAGAAUUCAGAUGCGCCAAUAGACCUAGUCAGCUACAGUUCUAUCACGAAAUGUAGACGCAUCCUUGCCCAGCACCGUGUGGUCCAUUCAAGGGCAGUAGCAGGAGAUUCAAGCAGUGUCCCUUGACCUCUCAUAUCAUCCUUUUGCAGAAAAACCUCAAAGCGCUA